GCCCGAACUCACGAGCGAGCCCCCGACAAUUUUAUAAGGAUAACCACAGGCGCGAGGACCGUGAAAGGACUCUAUUCGGGGAGAAAACGACUUUUUAAAAAUUCGUAUUAUUGUAUACACACCGGAGAUUGUCAGACCUCCGUGCCGGGAGCGUGUGCAUGUGUGCAUUUUAUCAGACUGGAUGAAAAUGAUGCAAAGUGCGGCUGUGUUGCCCAGCGAGAGUGCGGUGAAGGGUCUGCCGGACAUUCUCGGAGUGUCACUGCAACAGAUUCCCCAGUGUGCAGGCUGCAGUCAACACAUCCUGGAUAAGUUUAUUUUGAAGGUUUUGGAUCGUCAUUGGCACUCGAAGUGUCUCAAGUGCGCCGACUGUCACGCGCUCCUGGCAGACAAGUGUUUCUCGCGCGCGGGGAAUGUCUACUGCAAAGAAGAUUUCUUCAAGCGUUUCGGGACAAAAUGUGCAUCGUGUCAGCAGGGGAUCCCUCCGACACAGGUGGUUCGGAAAGCUCAAGACUUUGUGUACCACCUCCACUGCUUUGCCUGUGUAAUGUGCAGCAGACAGCUGGCCACCGGAGAUGAGUUCUACCUCAUGGAGGACGGGAGGCUCGUGUGCAAGGAGGACUAUGAAACAGCUAAACAAAACGAUGAUUCGGAGACAGGAGCAAAACGUCCACGGACCACCAUCACAGCCAAACAGCUGGAGACACUCAAAAGUGCUUACAAAAAUUCACCGAAGCCAGCACGACAUGUGCGCGAGCAGCUCUCAUCAGAAACUGGUCUGGACAUGAGAGUGGUUCAGGUGUGGUUUCAAAACAGGCGAGCAAAAGAGAAACGUCUAAAGAAGGACGCAGGGCGACACCGCUGGGGCCAGUUCUACAAAAGUGUCAAACGCAGUCGAGGGUCCAGUAAGACAGAGAAGGAGAGUUCGGCUGAUGAUGCAGGACUCAGUGAUAGUGAGCUUAGUUUCAGAGAAGACCAGAUCUUGUCUGACCUGGGGCAUGCAAACGGCUUGUACGGAAGCAUAGGAGACGUCACAAAUGGCAACAUGCUCAAUGGGAGCUUUUCCCUGGAGGGGGGCGGACAGCCUUACCACGACUUGCGGGCAGGAAGUCCCUACGGCCUGCCACAGUCCCCCUCAUCCAUCACCUCCCUACCAGGCCACACCCCGCUGCUCAACAACUUAGGCUUCAACAUAGAUGGCAUAAUGGGUCAGGGCGGUCAGCCUAAUGUAGGUCAAGCUCUGAGAGCCAUGACCGGGGGACCCACCUCUGACCUUUCAACAGGCAGCAGCACGGGGUACCCAGACUUCCCCACAAGCCCGGCUUCAUGGCUUGAUGAAAUGGACCACUCCCAGUUCUGAGGUCAAAGGUUAAAGGUCAUAAUGGCAAGUGUGGUCCUAAGGACAUCAUUAUAUAGACAACAAACUGGCAAUGUUUGUGUGACAAGGGUAUUCGGUAUGCACCAAUAUUAAUUCAUACAGCCGUCUUAAACGUUGCCCACUUUAACAUGGCGGCAUGACUUUGGUCCUGCUGAAUGGCACACUUAUAUAACAACCGAGCAACCUGCCAUGGAAUGUCUGCGCUGUAUUAUAAUUUUGUAAUUCAUAUUUUUUUAUUUGUUCUCAAAACUGGAUUGGACGAUUUCCAGCAUGAAAUGACAUGCAGCUGAGAAUAGCGUUGAACUUCAAACCCCAAAACUCCCCCUUCAGCAAUACUGGGAAAAACAAUCAAGAUCAACCACGUUUUUCAGAAUGUAGGGUUCGUGCAUGUUUCUGAAUGAGGAAGAGAGCCGUCCACGUUAAGAACCUUUAAAAUGGCAACGCACUUUAUGUUCCUCCUCGACUGCACACGGCAGGCUGAACACAGAAAGAGAGGAGUGCACCAAGCAAGGAGAGAUAUUUAAACAAGUGGCACAAGUGUAUCUUUCCUACUUACAAGGGUUUGGGAUUUUCAUGGUUUUUAAUGACUCUUCAUGACCCUUCACAUUAGCAGCAUCAGAACAAUAGAUCCAGAUUAUUUUUCAAUAAAGAUAAAUCCGCAUGCACUGCUCUGAAUUUUCAUAGAUAUUUCUCUGGCAAUGGCCAGUGUCAGUUCUAUGCUUUUUCAUUACAUAUAUGGCCUGCCUAUUCAGGAAAAAGAGGGUUGACUCAACGAUGAAACAAAUGUUCAUGGAAUUUAAAAUUCAAUUUAUGCUAUUACACCGUGUCCUAAACCAGACAAUGAUGCAAUAUUAUUCCAGCAACAAAAGCAAUUUGUCUGUCAACACUGAACGCGAAACUGCUGCGCAAAUACAACGCAAUCUUUUAAUGUACAGUUAUGAGGUGCAGGAUUUGAACAAAUGAAAUUUUACAGUGGGUGGAGCUACCCAGCAUGACAUAGCUGAAAUAAAAAGCCAAACAGCUACAAAAAUGUCCUGUUGCGGCUAGUUAGAACAAAAACUCAGAUUUUCUGCCCAGUGGUUGAAUUGUGAUUUUAUUUUGUUUACAUAUUGUUGCUUUAUCACAUCAUGGCUGGUAAGAACACGGUGUUAGAACACAUUUGAACACAUUAUUUCCAACAAUGUUAAAUUCGGUUGUCAGUUCUUUGUUAGAACCAUCAAAAUACCUGUUUCUUAAUGCCAUUAGAGAAAACACACCGAUAUCACAGAUAUAUUAGAAUACAAGUUAUUUUAGGGCAGAUAAUAGCAGUGGAUUUUGUGACCCUUGAGGUUUUGUUAAGAGUUUCAGACAGCAGUAUCUUAAUGGCCUGACCAUGAUUAUUACCAAGCAAAACGUGUGAAAAGGAAAAUUUAAAUACUCUGUAUUUUUUAUUAUUUGACAAAAGAACAACUUAUUUAAGCAACUACUGUGAGGGUUUUAAUGUUAUUUAUUUCUGUCAUGGGUACAAUGUCAGUAUUAUGAAUAGGUGGAUUAUGGGAUGACAGUGAGUGAUCAAAUAUUACUUGGUCACAUAAAACUGGUGAUACAAUUGUAAACAUGAGGAAAAAAAAUUAAUUCUGAUUAAAGAUGACAGCUACAUUGAAAGUAGCAUCUGCUGAAAUAAGCUAACAAAGAGCAACAUGAAAAAGAAAAAUAACUAUUCAAAAAUAAUGUUUUUGUUCUCGGUUGCCUCUAAACUACUGAGUCUCAAUGGCUGUAAAUUUUGUAAAGUCUCAAAAAGUGUCAACAGUCUUGUUUCAUGAGCACUAUUUAUUGCUAUGGAUCUUUGAGAAAAAAAAAAGAGCACUGAUUUAGUCCUAUAUGCCUUCUGUCCAAUGGUAUGAAUUGUGUACAGUCAAAUCUAUAUGGAGAAAUAAAGCCGAAUCGUCUUUGGGUUACUGCGACGUUCUUUUUUUCACUUGACGCCCUUUGAUGAUCUUUUGAAGAUGCCCUUCCAAACAAAUGCAUAAAUAAUGAUAAUGUUAAAAAUGCCCUAUUAGGAAAACAAAGUGCACUAUCUCAGGGUUUGUAAUCAUUACUAACUUAUUUGAUUUGAAGGAGUGCAACCUUUGGCCUCUAACAUCACUCAUUUAAAUGUUACAUCUCUAACUGAUAACUUUACAUGUCUACAUUUACAACAUUUACAAGCUCUCUCUGACACUGACAGCAACAAGUCUAAUGAUGUCAGCAUCUUUAUGAUGUCAUCUCAAUUACAUCAGUCAUUUUGUUUGGAAACAUGCGUGAAUGGAGUAUUAUGUGCUUAUGUUCAUAAAAUCAUCACAACAGGAAUAUUUGAAAACUUUACCAUGCCUAUGACCUUUUUACACAUUUAAAUAAUUGGUGGUGUUGUGCAUG